AUGGACAAAUUAACGGACUCGUUAACAAAUGAAAAUAUGAAUGAAGUUUUUAUUUCCUACAAUGAUAUGAUACAAGACAAUGCAAGUGAAACAUGUGUGGAAUCGUACCAAGAUUUAAAUGAAUUUUUAGAAAAUUCGGAUGAAUCCAAUUUCCAGUAUUCAAAUGAAAGCGAAAAUUCAAGUAUUUAUAACACUUAUUCUACAGAUGAAAAACAUAUUCCAAUUUACUCUUAUGUUAGUAAUAAUUUCAUAACAAAAAAAGAGAGAAAAUAUAAAAAAUGUUAUACAGCUAGUUUUAUAAAUAAUAUGAACAGUGUUGAGAACUUCCCGUUCAAAAGUUAUGGAAACAUGAUCACUGGUACAGAUAAAACAAAAAAAAUAGACAAUUUUCAAUGGAAACCUUUAGGGAAGAACGUUCCCGAAAUUUCGUUGUUAAAUAUGUCUUAUAAAAAGGCCUGGGAUAUAGGAAAAGAAGGUUGUAAUGGAUUGCUUAUUAAAAAUAUAUUUGAAAGUUAUAAGAAAAAAAAAUUGCACUACAUCGUGUUAGACGGCACUAAUAUAGAAAAUUUUUUAACAGUGUACUCUCAUACAUAUCAGGAAACUAUAAAGGGUGUAAACCCCAGUGUAUUGAAACAGUUCAGUUUUUAUGAUAUAGAAGACGCCUAUUUUAUAUAUGAUAUUAAGAGCAUUCACAUAUUCAGAAAGAUGAAACACAAAGAAAAAGAGAAAACAGUUAUCUUAAAAGGAUUGAACGACAAUUUUUUUAACGCCAUUUUAGUGUGUAUGAAUGAAAUAAUACAUUAUUUAAAUUUUGUUAACUUCAAAAGAAUGAUGAAUAAAUCUAAUACAAAAAAGAAAAAAAAUGAAGAAUUAGAUGAGACAACUUAUUUCGUUAAAUCGGCUAGAAAUGAAAAUAAUGUUUAUAAUAAUAAUAUAAAAGAUGUGAUAUCUUAUAAUAAAAAAAAAAAGAAGAUAAAUGAUACAUAUAUAAAUGGAGAAAGCAAUAAUAAGAAUUGUGAGAAUAAUAUUGUAAAUCUCGGUAACAAGAACAUUAAUUGUAAUAAAGAAAACAAAAAUGAUUUCCCCACAAUUUUAUCAUCUAAUAAUAUUGAAGAAUUUGGUUAUGAAUAUAUAAAAGAUAUAAUAAAAAAUGAAGAAAAAAAAUUAUAUGAAACUGACAAAAUGUACAUUAAUAGCAAUGAUGAAUACUCAUCUCAUACAUCCGACAGCAUGUCACAGUAA